AUGUGUCGGACUACUGGAGAUCUAAGCCAGAAGGAGCGUCUAAAGAGAAAGUUGCGUCAUCCGCUGGAACCUGAUCGGGAGAACGAAUCUACAUUUAGAGCAAAGAAGUUUGGAAGGGUGUGGAAGGACAAGAACCCGAUAGAAGCAUAUGUUCUACUGAGACAGUACGACGGUGAAAUGAAGAGGUGUUCGCCUGACUCAACGCUGCCAAUGGAGUCGCUUUCGGUGUGUACCCCUGCCUAUGAAGGGAACAUUUCAACACCGUGUCGAUAG